UAUCGAGACUCCUUGUUGAGCUCUGGUCGAUGGUGCAUAAAUGGCAUCACAUUGAAGUCCUCAAUCGACGUACGUGCACAUAGUCGGCUUCCCUCCUACCCCAGUGCCAGCUCCUCCGGUACCAGAAUAGGCCCUCCAAUAGGUCGCUCGCUUUGUGCUGCGCGAGGGGUAAAGGAGGGGAGGGCUUAAGACAACGAAGAGCAAGUCUCUGUACAGAACAUGCCGGGAGUCGUCAUGGACGAUGCCAGUAUUGGCGGACUCAGACACAGGCCAGGUAGCAGUUUUUCUCAGGAUGGGCAGUCGUAUGCCCGGGGAGAAACUGCCCGGUUCAACGGUGCUACCAAUUCACAAGCUGGUCAAACCCAUGUUAAUGGAGUGGGAAAGAACACCAGUCAUGACCGAGCCAUCGAGGCACCCCCGGUCCAUUAUGCAUCAAGGAAGACUAUAGGAGCGCCUGAAUUGCCACACAUAACACAGGGCUUCUUUCCUUUUUCGAAGCUCGUGAAUAGGUCCGUUCAGCAGUGCUGGAACGAUCUAUCCGAUUUGAUCACUGAACUGGCAGAUAUCCAAGUGAAUGCUCACGAGUUUCACUCUUCGCCAAUUCCCACCAGCGGGAAGUCCUCGGGCAAUCAAUCCCCUGAAAAUAUACGAAAGAAGCUUCGAUUAUUAGAAUUUUCGCACGCUAAAAGAGCUGAAUUCAUUAAGCUUCUCGUUCUCUCUCAAUGGAGUCGACAAGCAGCUGAUGUGAGUAAAUUAAUUGAUAUCCAAAAUUUCAUCCGCACCCGUCACCAAGCCUACACGGGGGCCCUGCAGUAUGUUGGGGAUAUGAAAAGAGACCUUGUGCAGGCCCAGGUAGCAAACCCCGAUCUGAAAACCGCAUUGGAAGUCUUGUCCAAAGGUAAAGUGGAAUCAAUGUCCAAUCUCGGUUACAAGCCUCCCAGACACCUAACGGCCAGGGAAACACUCAGAAAGUUACAGAAAAUCAACCGAUUGAUCGGCGUGCGACUCGUAGUGCGAGAGAAGAUACCUCCAUCUUUCAGGACCUAUCGUGUUCACGACGGCCGGGUCACAUUCGUUGUCCCUGGUGAAUUCGAACUUGACCUUUCCAUUGGUGAAGAGGAUGAAGCUUCACAGUUUUUCUUCGUUGACAUUCGUUUCCUCUUCUUCCCUUCGCCAUCAGUCCCGAAGGGUCGAUUCUUGAAUGAGCUUGAGAUAAAAAUCAAUGAUGUGCUUCAGAAUAGCGGCUUGACCGGGUGUUUCGAGAUACUGCAUAACUUGGUAUUAACCAAUAAAGUUAACAUACUAUUCAAGCAAGCUGCCGAAUUGGCAAGAAGUUCCUGGUCCGACGUUUUGCGUGUUGAGUUGUUGCACCGAACGCUCGUUGUACAGUAUUGGAUACUGAAACCUGGAGCUAAAAGCUGGCUUGAGAUCGGAAUAAAAGGCGGGUUCUGCAGGCCAAGCAGCGGAAGCUCUGGGUUGCCGUCUUUAGGGCUUCGCUGGAUGAGAGAUGGCAAUGAGGUUUCGUGUGAAAACAUUGAUUUUGAUGCAGAAAACCUCUCUAUGGAGAGCCUCCUUCGGAGUGUCAUUGCUCUACAUGUCUCUCACGUUCUUUCUUCGGCAUACAGCAGCAUAAGACACAGUUCACUUUACUCGAUUGGCCACCUGUCCUUGCGGGCUCAGCUUACAAGGACUGAGCCCGGCGAUUGUCUACUCGAUGUCCAGCUCACUGAAACUAAGUAUCUUCGAGUCUCCAUUGAACCGAUGUCCGGGAUUUCUAUCUUGUCAACCACUCCGAGUGUUUCGGAGCGGUUUGAUGGUGACCGCAAUCUCGAAAAGUCCUCCGCCGAUGACAUUGUUUCCCGUGUUGCUCGACUUCGUUGUAAUGCGGCUAUAGAGGAAAUUGAAUCCAAGGUCAAAAUGCUAGGAUUUGAGCCGCUGAACCCGAGGGCAUGGAAGAUUGAUUUUCGCAAGAUCUUCCCAUCAAACAUCCUGCGAUUCGCAUGCUUCUCUCAUCACCUCUGGGAGCGUAACUGGAUCGUGGCAGCGACUAGCAGCAUGGACGGGGAUAGCUGGUGGGUUGUGCAACUUCGACCAACGGUGAUUGCGAAAAGCCCUUCCAUUCUCGAUGUGAGCAGACGUGGCCAAUCUGUUCUCCGCUUCGCCCAGGUUGUGACAAAUGGGUUUUACCCUGCGCUGCAUAAAAUCGAUGACACGUCCCUUGCGGACCUUGGGCACAGUCUUUCAGGAAUUCUGGCUAUCCAUUCUAAUGCCCGCUACUUGUCAGGCUUGCAAGCCAUCAAGUUCUAUCCUCCUCCGCACAAGUUGACCAUCGAACCUGAUCUUCGAGUCCCAGACAUCUUAGUUCGAUACGAUGCAUCAUAUCUUCCCAGUGUCUUUCGGGUAGCCAUGCCCGUUAAUGCAAAGAGAAAGAGCCCCUUUAAAGACACCAUUCGCCUUGCUUUUCAUGGAAUUGAUCCUCGCAAGAAGUGCGCUAUUAUGGUAGCCUAUGGAAGCUUGGCCAACCCUAUGGGUGCCUUUGGCCAGCUUAUUUCCAACUGGGAUCGCUCGCUAGUAUUUCAAAAGAAAGGCGGUGGCUUUGCGAUACGUUUGCUUGCGCCUGCUGGCCACCCCGUCAUCGUCAAUCUUAUAGAAAGCUUACAGAGACUUGAAUGCGUGCUUUCAAUUCUCGAAUCCCUACAACGGAAGAAAAUUGAGGUCCGGACCUUUUCGCUAUCGAGCAUAUCCUUCGUCUAUGGUCCGGAGAGAGAUCUCUCGGCUAGCAUCAAUAUUGAUCUGUUUAGUAAUGACUCUCUUAUCGAACUCAAUCCCACCGAUCUUGCAUCUAGCCCCGAGUCGUUAUUUCGCCUUCGUCUACACAUACAGUUUGGCCACCAUAAUCCACAUCGGCGGAUUCAGGAAUCUCUCGCAUCUAGUCUUAAUCAAGCUUCCACCGAGGCAGGAUUGGAGGCUAUGGUUGAGCUUCUGACGCUUACACUUCCUCUUAUGAGGGCUUUGGACCAGCUAAUGGCGAACCCGUCUUACAGUGAGCCCCUGAGGGUGCAAGUUACAGUGCGUAACGCCAGAUCGUACCAAAUUCACUACCCUGAUGAAGGGGUUCUGUUUCAACUGGUCGCUGCUUCACACCAAAGCCGUUGGGUCUGGGUACUUAGAGAUGUGAGCACUCAAGAGAACAGUAGAGAACACAAGAUCGCAACUCGUCUCCGAGAGGCACUAUAUACCUCAAAGGGUGAUGGUUGGCGAGGGCUUGAGGGUGGAGUCGUUUCAGAAGCCAGUCAAGUCGGAAACCUCCUGCGAGAACUUGAAAAGUGCUUCGCUGCCUGCCGAGCUGAUUCCGGACACAAGCCUACAGGCGGUGCUGUUAGCCCUGGCACAUCGAACGUUACCGAGCUUUCGGUGUCAGCGAGAGCAAAGGAGAAUAUGGAUGGCACCAAAUCUGAGCAUCAGGACUCUCUUGCAACCCUUCCAAACAACAAGAACGCCCAGUCCCACGCUAGUAGUGCAACACCCAAAGAGGACAUCAUAAUGAUUGACUGAAGCUCCCCAUGGCUACUACCUUGACGCUUACGGGCACCUUUUCUUAAGCAACGCCCCUCGAGUAUGGCUUUUCCUCGUACGUUGAAAUGUACUUUUCAUACGCCAACUAUCAUUUGGUGCUGUUACAGUGUCCACAAUCGAGGUCCUUGCUCUUAGAAGCUCCUGUUUCCUGCCAGUUAACAUAGUAUUGAAAUAUCUGCUUGUCUUUGUGGCUGAGCCUCAUUUCCUGGAAAGAAUAUCUUCUAAUAUAAGUGUGGGAAAAUGUUAUGAAGUCCGGGGAUUGAAAGCAACAAUAUGUUGCUAUUGUAUAUCUCUUAUGAGCCAAAG